AUGACUUUAGCCGAGCGAAAUAUCGCUAUUGGGAUGUUGCAGUGCGGUGCAACGCUCUCAGAAGUCGCAGCCAAGUUUAGGCGCGCGCCGUCCACCAUCCACCGACUUCAAGAAAAGUACUCCACCACCGCAACCACGCGUGAUCUGCCUCGAUCCGGACGGCCAAGUGUACUAUCGACUCAU